GCUUUUUAUUCUCAUUCCCUGUUGCUACUGUUCCAGCUUGUUCAUUUUGUGUAAUGAUAUCCAGUGAAGCGGAUUCAGGAUAUAACAUAGUUUUGAGACUCUCAAAAUCUUUAAGUGAUUGACAGGAGAGGAGCUGGUUGAUAAUGAACUCAUCAGUAACACGUCCGGAGCAUAUCAUCCCUGUCUACUUGGAACUGGAGACACUGGAAUACGCCAUUGUGGUUUUGUUUAUCACAUCACUGGGAUUAAUCGGAAAUAUCAUAGUCAUACUCAAAAUUCUGUGUGAUCCAGCGUUCCACAAAACACCCUACAUCGCGUUUUUGACUUUGGCGCUUUCUGACCUGAUAUGUUUGAUACUGUAUAUUGUCCAAGCUGUCGUUGAACACGUAAACAUAGAAUUUGCAAACGAGAAUGGAGAAGUUUUUAUGGCGAUUACAUAUACAACUACACACGCGUCAGCGGCCCAUGUGAUUUUGUUUCUUGGCCUUCGAUACUUUUACGUAAGAGCUCCUAUCAAGGCUCGCCUUUUACAGAAUAAAAAUAUCAUCAAAUGGUCUUUUGCGAUUUGGGCAUCCAGUAUAGUGUUUGGGACAUUGUACUUCGUCCUACGGUUUGAAAUUCCAAAUAUUGAUGUUCAAGCCGUUGUUCUAAGUUUUCGAGGAUAUCUGUUAUUUUUACCUGUGUGUUUUAUAGUGUAUUUCCAUAUUCAAAAAGUACACGAAUUGCAUCAUUCUAUUAAUAUUUUGGGUCUGAAAUCACAUAUCCGGCGUAUGUCGCGCAUGCUCACAGUGAUAUUGUUUGUCUAUAUCUUAUCUGCUCUUCUUUUCCCAGUUUGCUUUAUUCUUAUCUACAACAAAGUAUGUGAGGAGGAAAGAGAGUGCACACAUAUCUUAAUCAUCGCUAGAAUAAUGUGGCUAGUGAAUGCGUCAAUAAACCCUGUUGUAUACUUUAUAUACUCAAGAAAAACACGGUUAUUUUUAGCGUCCCUGUUCAAGAAGGUUGCAAAAAGAAGGAGCGUGACCGGAAGGGAAUUGAUAAGUAUGAAUAACCUCAAAACUCCAGUGACACCAACUAAACUGUAGACAACGUCCUAAUGCAAUGAUUUAUUUGCCUCGAAAUAUGAUGCAUCCAUUUUCAAAUUAUUCUAUUUCCCCUUUAUACAUUUUUUGAAGGAUUUAUUUUGAUUAUAUUUUUCCGAGAAAAGAAUAAAGUAUGCAUUUUAUAAAUUACCAGUCUUUCUUAUUC